AUGCUUUAGUUGAGCUGAUGGCUUAUCAGAAAUAACCUAUCUUGAUUCACUAGGUAGGGAUAAGGUUGAGUACACAUCACUCUUAUUAGAUUCACUUGUGGGGUUACACUGUUGUAGAAGUAACGCAGAAUGAAUGAGUAUAUCACACUCUCAGCUUGAGCUCAAUAAAUAAGACUCAGAUCCCAAUAAUGCACACAGGCUCAGGAACUGUCAAUUGUUAGAACUACGGCCCAAUGAAAGAAUGGGUGAUUAAUUUGAACAAAUCAUUCUAAAAAUUGCCAAAAAUAGAAUGAGUUACUGCUAAUUAAAGCUACUGCCAUUCAUUGAUGCCUUCUGAAUUCUGAUUAUAUGCAUCCAAAAUUUGCCUCUUUCUUUGAAUGGGAGAAAUCUGACCCUCCUAAUUUCAGCUUCAAGACAAAUCCUUUUCGUUUACCGGUUUUCUACCGUGCAAUUAUCAGUUAAUAUUAUAUGCUAGAAAUUUUGAAAAUUGAAUAAAUUGAAGCCGAAAGAAUCUAUCCGCCAAUAUGCUUACAAGGCCAGCCAGCAUGUCAUCAGGCCACAAGGGAAAAUCCAUCGCGUACUCGCAUCACUUGGCUGAAAGUUCAUCAAGGAAUUUUUAUGCAGAAGAAGCUAAUUACAGCAAUAAGGAGCUUGUGCAUGCUGAACAAGUUAAACUACUUGAUAAGAGAUUGAGAGUUCUUGAAGAUGAAGCAGAGAUUCUCAAGGUAGUUUUUUUGGAAGGUGUGGAAGAAAGAAGAAAGUUAGUAAAUGAAGUUCAAAACGAAUUUCAGGCUGCCUUCGGAUACCCGAAGCGUCAACGACAUGGACUCCUGCAAAUUCUACGUGAAGAAUCAAAUCCAGCAGUUGUCAUCAGAAAACUGAGAGCUUCAGAUGCUACUGAAUGUGUAUCUGAAUUCUCAGGUAGAUGGUUCCGCCUGUUUGUGAAGAUUUGAUGGCCUGGAAGCUGCAUUUUCUCCUCAUGUGUGGUGCUGAUUUCAUUUUAUUCAGAUACCAAACACCGCUUCUUAGGUGGCGGUGAUAUUUGAAACUCAAGACUUUUUGUAUGAUUUGUUGCCAUGUUGA